UGACCGGACUCUCCCAGCUCCAGACUCUAUCACUCGGAGGGAACCAAAUCUCCGGUGAAAUCCCGCCGGCGAUAUCGAUGCUGAAAGGGCUCACCGCGCUCAAUCUCAGCCACAACCAGCUCACCGGGGAGAUCCCCGUAUCGAUCGGGUGGCUGCAGGUGCUGAAAACCCUCGACCUCUCGGCAAACCAGCUCUCCGGCAUGAUUCCGGCGGCGAUCGGUCACCUUGGGUGCACCUUUCUCAACCUCUCCUCCAAUCGCCUCUCCGGUGAGAUUCCGAUCUUGCUCCAGAACCAAGCGUACGACCACAGCUUCCUCAAUAAUCCGCAACUUUGCGCAUCUGACCUGCUCCUGAACGUCCGAUCCUGUAAACAAGGAUCGGGCGGCUCACAUGGGUUGUCUCGGGGCGUGCUGAUCAUGUUCCUCGCUCUCGGUAUACUGAUCUUCGUGAUCGCGGCUGGGUUCGCGAUGUUCGUGACGAGGGACCGCCGGAGGAGCAAAAAUGGGGACGAUCUCGCCAAGUGGAAGCUGACCUCUUUCCAGCGGUUGGAUUUCACCGAGACCGCCAUCCUCCCAGGGCUCACGGAGGAAAACCUCAUUGGGAGCGGCGGGUCCGGAGAGGUCUACAGGAUCCACCUCCGAAGUCGUGCAAGAGAUAUCGUGGCCGUUAAAAAGAUCUGCAACAACAGCAAAUUGGAUUCCAGGUUAGAGAAGGAGUUCCAAUCGGAGGUCCAGAUCUUAAGUUCGAUCAGGCAUAGAAAUAUUGUCAAGCUGCUUUGCUGCGUGUCGAGCGUGGAUUCGAAGCUCUUGGUGUAUGAGUACAUGGGAAAUGGCAGUUUGGAUCGAUGGCUCCAUAGGAAGCGGAGGGUGGAGGGUGCGUCGAUAGUCCGAGGUGGAUUAGAGAGUGGUCCACGGCCGUUGGAUUGGCCGGCUAGGCUCAGGAUUGCUGUUGGGGCAGCACAUGGAUUGUGCUAUAUGCAUCAUGAUUACUCCCCACCGAUAGUACAUCGGGAUGUGAAGUCCAGCAAUAUAUUAUUGGAUUCGGAAUUCAGAGCUAAGAUUGCCGAUUUUGGUCUGGCCCGGAUGCUGGCCAAGUCUGGUGAGCCUGAUUCGGCAUCAAGCAUAGCAGGUUCAUUUGGAUACAUGGCUCCAGAAUGUGCGUACUCAACAAAAGUGAAUGAAAAGACGGAUGUAUAUAGUUUUGGAGUAGUUCUUCUAGAGCUGACAACCGGAAGAGAAGCAAAUGAUGGAGGGGCGUAUGGUAGCUUAGCGGAAUGGAUUUGGCGCCAUGUCCAAGAUGGUAAUAAAUUGAUGGAUGUCAUAGACCAGGAUAUAAGAGACCUACCGUAUGUGGAUGAGAUUGCUGCAGUCCUUAAGCUUGGAAUUAUUUGCACGGGUACUUUGCCUUCCACGAGACCAACAAUGAAGGAGGUGUUGCAGAUAUUGCUCAAGUGUGAAAGAAUGCAUGGGAUUGGGGAUAAACCCCUGGUCGAGUAUGAUGGAGCUCCCCUUCUACAAACCAAAAGGGGCGGUAGAAAUAAAAGGUCUUCUGACGGUGGUAGCUUGGCAUGCAAUGUGUGAAAUGUGGAUUUUUGAGAUGGAGUUGCACUCAUGGGGCAUUCGGGGGAGACUUCGGCAUUAUUUCAAUGAUGAGAUGAGUUGAUAAACUCCAGCACACACUUCACAACAUCUUAAGUGAAACUUGCAGUAGAAAGGUCCUUUGGAAGCCCUGUGAACUAGUGAUACAGGAAUGAACACGGUGAGGGUAGAGUAUUUUCAAUUUAUAUGCUUGCACGAGAAAAUAUCUGCAAGAAUUGUCAUCUAAAAUAAUAGAUCUUAGGAUAUAGUUUCUU